AUGGCGGCUCUAAAUUCCAACAGUUUCAAUCAUCGCCCUGAGUCCAAGUUCCCACCUAGCUUGUGGGGUGAUCACUUCAUCAAUCAUGUAUCUGACUCCAAGGUCGUAGAAAAAUACUCCAAGACAGUUGAAGUGAUGAAAAGUGAUGUUCGAAAUUUGCUAACAGCUCCACAAACCAAAAUGAUAGACACCAUGAAUCUGAUCGACACACUCGAGCGCCUAGGCGUUUCGUAUCAUUUUGAGAAUGAUAUCGAAGAGAAAUUGCAACAAUAUUUCCAUCUCAAUACGAAUUAUCACGAUGAUGAAGCCUAUGAUUUGUACACCGUUGCUCUCCAUUUUCGAUUGUUCAGGCAGCACGGCCACCCUAUAUCUAGUGAAAUUUUCAGUAAAUGGACUGAUGGGAAUGGGAAAUUCAACGAGAGCAUUAAGAGCGACGCGAAGGGUAUGCUGAGCUUGUAUGAAGCUUCGUAUCUUAGAACACGCGGAGAAACCAUACUAGACGAGGCGCUUGCUUUUACUACAGCCACUCUAAAAUCAAUGGUGCCAAACCUCAGAUCGCCACUGAAGAAGAACGUUGAGCUUGCCCUCGUGCAGCCCUUGCAUUUCGGGAUUCCUAGACUUGAAGCACACAGUUACAUCACCAUGUAUGAAGAAGAAGAGCUCAGAAAUGAAACCCUAAUCAAAUUUGCCAAAAUAGACUAUAACCUAUUGCAGAUGCUGCACAGAGAGGAGCUCCAGCAAGUUUCUAGGUGGUGGAAAGAAUUAGGGCUUAUCUCCAAACUUCCUUAUGCAAGAGAUAGGAUAGUGGAGUGUUUCUUUUGGGCUGUGGCAUUGCACUAUGAGCCUCAAUAUUCCCUUGCUCGUGUCUUUUUCGCCAAGAGCGCUGCUAUGAUAUCUGUGAUAGACGACACAUACGAUGCUUACGGUACAAUUGAGGAACUCGAGGUUUUCACCGAGGCAAUACAAAGGUGGGAUUUUGGAGAACUCUCUCGACUCCCUGACUACAUGAGACCUCUCUAUAAAGCUAUCUUGGAACUCUACAUGCAAUUCGAGGAUGAAUUAGCUAAGGAAGGACGAUCCUAUGCAUCGUUCUAUGCCAUAGAAGGACUAAAGGAGUUGGUAAGGUGCUACUUUAAGGAGGCCAAGUGGUUCAUAAAGGGUAAUUUGCCACCUUUUGAGGAGUACCUAAAGCUUGGUGUCAUUACCAGCACCGUCUGUUAUCUGGUCCCCUCUUGUUUUAUGGGAAUAGGAUCUGCUCGAAAGGAAGAUUUCGAGUGGCUAAGUAAGAAGCCUAAGAUACUUGUUGCCGCAUGCACGAUAGGUCGCUUAGUUGAUGACGUCGGUUCUUAUGAGGGUGAGAUGGAGAGAGGUCAACUUGCUAUUGGUGUUGAAAGCUACGUGAAAGAAAAUGGUGUAACAAAAGAAGAGGCGAUGGCCAAAUUUAUGGAAUUAGCUAUGAAUGCAUGGAAAGAUACCAACAAAGAGAUGUUGAGGCCGUCUUGUUAUAAAUCUAGGGAUCUUCUUACGGUUAUUCUCAAUUUUGAACGCUUAGUAGAUGUAACUUACAAAGACAAAGAAGAUGGUUACACUCAUCCCGAAAAGGUUUUGAAGCCUCUUAUUAUUGACAUGUUUGUCGACGCAUUUGAGGUUUAG